AUGUCUCGCCAUGAGGGUGUGAGCUGUGAUUCCUGUUUGAAGGGCAACUUUCGUGGCAAAAGAUACAAAUGUCUUGUCUGCUAUGAUUAUGAUCUCUGUGCAAAUUGUUAUGAGGCAGGUGCAACUACAACCAGACACUCUAAUGAUCACCCAGUCCAGUGUAUACUGACGAAGGCUGAUUUUGAAUUGUAUUAUGGGGGAGAAGCAUUGCCUGCCGAGCAGGCACAGUCUUUCACUUGUCCAUAUUGUGGCAAAAUGGGGUUUACGGAAGUAACUUUACAGGAGCAUGUCACAUCAGAGCAUGCAGAUGCCUCUACAGAAGUAGUUUGUCCAAUAUGUGCUGCAUUGCCUGGUGGGGAUCCUAACCAUGUGACCGAUGAUUUUUCUGCACAUCUCACAUUAGAACAUAGAACAUCAAGGGAAUUCGAGGAACCAAGUGGGAUCAGGCAUGUCAGGCGAAUACCUCAUCCAGCACGGGGCGUUGGAAGCACUCGUUCUAGGAGAGCUAACAUGCACAUACCACCCGGAGGAUCUACUUUAUCAGGGCUUUCACCUAAUGGCAGAGAAUCAAUGGAUCCUAUAGCAGAAAUAUUUAUUCUCUCUCUCUCUUACUCUCUCUCUCUCUCUUACUCUCUCUCUCUCUCUUACUCUCUCUCUCUCUCUCUCUCUCUCUCUCUCUCUCUCUCUCUCUCUCUCUCUCUCUCUCUCUCUCUCUCUCUCUCUUACUCUCUCUCUCUCUCUCUCUCUCUCUCUCUCUCUUACUCUCUCUCUCUUACUCUCUCUCUCUUACUCUCUUACUCUCUCUCUCUUACUCUUCAAGAAGGCAUUAAGUUUUGGAACAAGGCUAUUCUGAUUUGCCCAGGAAAGAAUGAAUCUGUUACACUGCACUAA